AUGCAAGCACUCCAAAGCAAGGUUACCAUGUACGACUAUUACAUGGCAUUGGAGAAGCUCACAGAAAACAGAGGGUUUGCUUCAGUUCCCAAGCACUACAAGGAGUUCGUACGGAUGACUCGUCAGUACAGAUACCUUACAGCCCUGAAGCGAGGUGGCAGGGCACACGUUCCAUCUGGGAUCUUGGGUACGGGUAAUGGGGAGCUGGGAAUCCAAUGCCCUGCGUGUCCUACGCCUGGUGUUAACUUACCUCUUGAUUGGGAAUCAGCACCCCCAGACCGAAAAUUUCUCUAUACUCUUUUUCUGGCCCUCGACGCUUGUUUUCGACUCAAACGUCGCAUCGUCUCUUCCGUCGAGAAAGAUCCUGGGUUGGGCAUCGAUUGGAGCUACUUUGUGGAAAAUGAACCUUUCCGACGGUAUAUAUUAACAGUAACUGAUCAAAAGGAGAUGAGCACGUGCAGUGGGUUGGCCGCUCUCGACUACGCAAAUACUAAGUUUUCACGAGGGUAUGCUGCUACCGGGGUAUGUCUUGGAGUGUGUGCCCGACACGAGAUCAUACAAAGGAAUGGCGCAGCAGAUUUGCAAGUUGGAGAAAGAUACUGCAACAUGGACUAUUGCCUCGCAUCCCUCCUCCGUCACCAUGAUCCAAAGCUAAACAAGCUCGUAUCCUAUGAUAUCGUGUGUCAAUGGUCGAAACACGUUUUGGAACGACUUCAAAAACUUCCACCACUCGUCAGGCUUAAAAUUGCCUCAAACGCCAUCCGCUUCGCGAUUCCAAAACUGCAUAUCCAUGGUCACACCCAGUUCUGCCAAAGAACGUACUCCUUAAACUAUCUGCCUGGCAUUGGGCAUACCAAUGGUGAGGGUAUCGAACGGCCAUGGGCAAACAUCGGGGCAACUUCGACUAGCACUCACGCAAUGGGACCUGGAGCUAGGAUUGAGACGCUGAACGACCAUUGGAGCCAUUGGAACUGGCAGAAGAUUAUAGGGAUGGGUCAACUUUUUGCAAAACGUCUUCGACUCGCGAUUGCCGAGCGUGAAGUUCAACAAGAGUCCUUUGAGAUAUUCUCAUCCAAGCAGGCCGAACGUAUAGAUACAUGGAAGGCUAUGGUAUCGGCGUUCGAAGCUGAUGGGAGCAAGCCAAACCCGUAUGAAAUACCAUCCCAUGGGAUUACGGAGGCGGACGUUCGAUUGCGGUUAGCCAAGUUGGAAUCAGAGGAUGCUGGAAAGGGUGUUCCUGCAUUGCAUGAAGUGGGCCCGAGUGGCUUCAUCGUUGAGGGCUUGGAGAUUGAGGAGACACAGCGACGAAUUUCUGCAUACGUCAAGAAGGCCUCGGGGUCUGCUCAAAAACUCAACGGAGUCGACAUGCGAACAAAGCUUACUCGCUCCCUAGCACGGCUUAGAGUCCUACAGGGCAUUUACACCCCAUGUGUCAUUCACAAGCUCACUACUCGCGACACCCCAGAUGAGGAGAAGGCUGAGUCCUGCCCUCUGCUCCUGCCCUCUGCCCUUACUCCCGAGGAACGUCUCACAUGCGCUCCAGGCCUCGUCCAGAUAGAGCAGGAGUUACGGGAUGCCCAGUGCCGGUCGGCGCUCAACGAGCUACGCACCCUCCUCUUCAUCAAGGCACGACUCGUUGGGUACAAGGACCGUAACGCAAGACACCAGCACGCAAACACCAGGGCACGUAUUUUGAUCGAACGAAACGAGGAUCGCAUUAAACUUCAAACGCAAAAGUACCAGGCUGCAUGGCGUGCCUUGACGAACAUGUCACACGACGUGGGAUGGCCUCAGUUGAAGCAGGAGCACAUCCGGUGCAUGGAUGACCCAGAUACAUUAACAGAGCGACAUACAAGGCUGGCACGACAAGUUGAGAAGGAUGGAGUGGAUACAAUACUGGUGGAAACGGGUGUCAAAGAGGGUGACGUAGCCUGUGAUGCACAGGUUGAAGGUGAGACGGUAGGAGAGGAGAGGAGAGUGGCAAAGGAGGGUUACCGGACAAUUUCUUGGAUCUGGGUGGAUGGGGACUACUCAGAGGAAUCAAUGUCUGAUGGGAUGGAUACAGCUCUGAGAGUUGAAUGGGCAAAGGCAUGGUCCCGUGUACGUAGAUGGGAGGAGGAGGUGGAUUUGUUGAGAGAAGAGAUGCGUCGAACACUGGUGAGCCUUCGACAUCAAGCUAGAACAUGGGAAAGCAAGGCAACGAACGGCAGCGGCCCACCAGACGUCCUAGCUGGGCUGUCCGCAUAUGCUCAUCGGCAAGCACAUAUUCGGUACGCACUUGCCAGUCGCUUCGAGGAGAUAUGGUGGGGUAAAGAUACCAAAGGUGACGACGAUGAAGAAGAAGAAGAAGCGGCGGGGGAGGGGGACGAGGAGUACGGAACGGAACGAGGGGUACGGAACGGAACGAGGGAUACGGAACGGAGGAAUCAUUCUGAUUGGCUAGACGAUUGUUCCGAACUGUGCGAAAAUACUACUAUAAAAGAAAUAUAUGAUAAGAAUAUGAUAAGAUAA